AUGGGGAAUUCAUGGGGCGACACAAGGUAUUGUCCGUACAACUGCGGACCGCACAAUACAGAAUCAGUCUGCGUUUGGAAUGUUCCAACUGUAGAAAACGGAUAUCUCGAAGGUUACACCUGUGAGCUAACGGAGAAGGGGAAGGUUUUCGUCGGCCUGAUGUUAGGCCUCGGUCUUGGAUUGCCGGCACUAAUCGGCCUGCUAGUCGGAGUUGGUUGUCUGAUUUGCUGGCGCCACAACUACAUCAAAUGCGUUCGUCAAGAACUUGGUUCAAAUGAGUGUGGAGUGCGCUACAAUUGUGUAUUCACCGAGAAGUGCAAGUCCAAAUGUGUCUUAGUGUAG